UAUGAAAGCUUUGGAAAAAUUAAAUUUUAGUUUACAAAGAGAAAAUCUGCAAAAACUCUUCUUCGAUCAAAGUAUUUUUAUUCAAGUAAUACAGAAAUUAUCUGAUCAAAAUAUUAUAAAUUCUAAAAAACAAGAAGAAAUCGAUAAUCAAUAUAAAUUUAGAGGUAAAAUGAAAACAACCAAUCUAAUUCUAGAUAUAUUGGCAACCCAACCUCUUAAUACUGCAAAUGAGAUAGUAAAUGGUCUAGAGGUGGAUAAUAAAUACUUGUCCGAACAUCUCAUGGAUAUUCAAAAUGGAUGGUUAAAAUUAGUUGCUGAUUUGAAAAAUGAAUGGAAAGAAAAAUAUUUGUACAUUAAACUUCUUCCUCUUGGAUAUGUUAGAGAAAUAAAAACGACAGAUGUUCAAGCAUCAAUUGAAAUGAUGAAUUUAAGCAAUAAAGCUAUAUUCGAAACGUAUUUAAAUUCAAUAAAUUUGAAUUAUUCAAAUUUUUAUAAAAUUUUUCAAGCAAAUUUUAAUAAAAUCCUUAUUCAAGGUGAAUCGGGAAUUGGUAAAAGCGUUCAAUUAAAGUAUCUUGUUCAUUCGUGGGCAAACGAUUAUUGGGAGAUAUGCAAAGAUAAAAUUAUUAUAGUUAUUAUAUCGAGGAAUGUUUUACCAAGUGAUGACGUAUACGAUACAAUACUAAAGCAGAAUUUUAGAAAUAUUCCCUAUAUGAAUAGAGACAUCUUAAUGUCGCUUUUCCAGGAGAAAAAUUCCAAUAUUCUACUAUUUAUUGAUGGAGCCGAUGAAUUUAAUAUCUUGAAUCAUCCGUUAAAUAAUAUUUUUGAAAAAUCAAAUUGUUCCAUACCAACUGUAAUUUGGUCUCGUAAAAGAAAAGCUCAAACUAUUCAAAGUUCGUGUGACGUCACUUUCCAAUUAACAGGUUUCGAUAGUUCACAAUUUAAGAGUUUUAUACAAAGGUAUUUUAUUUCUAUUGAAAAAUCGGAAGUUUUCAUUAGAGAACUUGAGCAACAAACUAGUACUAUUCAAAGCUUAUUAAAGGUACCAUUGAUGGGACUGAUGUUUUAUUUUAUCUGGCAGGAACUAGGUAGUAUUCUGGAUAAAAGCUUAUACGAAAUCUAUGAGAAAUUAGUUGUCUUACUUCAAAAGAAUAUAGGAUUAUCAAGUGAAAGUAUAUUGAAUAGAAUGUUAAUGGUCUAUAAACUAUGUUUCAUUUAUCUACCAUCUUCUAAAAUAUUAGUACCAGUAGACAAACACGAAGAAGAGGAACUGGUGAAAUGUAUAGGCUAUUUUGCUCAAAUUAUACCUCAGUAUCAUACAACUCCGAGAUCGGUUGAAAUUCAAUUUUUACACCAAUCUUUACAAGAAUAUUUCGCCGCAAAAUAUCUAAUUGAUAAAUUUCAAACAACGAAAAGUCUUAGCUACUGGAAAACAUCAUUCGAUAAUCAAUUAACUAAGAUGAAUAAUACGAAAUUAUACAACGUUAUUGAAUAUAUUAGACAGAGUUCAAAUGAAAUAUUUCAAAAAUUCCUAACCGUUUCGGAGAAAUUGCAAGAAAUUUACAAUUGUAGUAAAGAAUUGAAAGAUUUAUUAGCGAAUGGUAUAAAGGAUAACAAUAAAUUAUUGAUUAAAGACGAAUAUAUCAGUAAUAUUACUGUAGAAAUUUUAACCGAAAAACUCGGAAUACAUUGCGUGGAUAUAACUUUAAUAAAUCCAAAUAUAGAUUUAUCUUUUAUGACCAAUCAGCUUUGUUCAAAAGCUAAAUGUUUAAAGAAUUUCAUCAUUUGUGUGAAAAGUUCAGAAAAAUUUGUAGAAUUGAAUGCAAAUCUAUGGUUCAGUAUUUUAAACUUGUUAGUUUCUACUAAACUUGAAAGCUUUAUAUUGAAAAGUGUACAAAAUGAUAACAAUUUACAGAAAUCGUGUCUUGAAAAAAGAUAUCGUAAUUCGGUAAGGGAUACGGAUUCUAAACAAACUACAAGUACUAUGGUACAAGAUUCAACUCCAAAUCUUCGAACACUCGAUCUUUGCGGAUGUCGUCUGUCCGAAUCUCAAUCAAAAGAACUUGCAUCGUUAUUAUUAAAGUGUAAUAAUUUACAUUCUUUAAAUAUCAGAUAUACGAAAGUAAUGAAUUCUGGAUUUAUAGAUAUUUGUAAUGGAUUAAAAAAUAGUUGUAAUAGACUAAAAGUAUUAAAUUUAUAUGGAUUUGGUUUGUCUGAAGCAGAGUCUCUGGCUUUAGGAGAAGUAUUAAGUGUCUGCUGUCAAAUCGAAUCGAUUGAUUUAGGUUGGAAUGUUAGUAUGGGCGCUGGAUUGAACUCUAUAUGCGAAGGUUUGAAACUGUCCAACGAAACUCUUAAAAGUCUUAGUGUCUAUUGGUGUGAUUUAAAUGAAAAUCAAUCGGAAGCCUUAAGAGAGCUGUUACUUCAUUGUUCAAAUAUAGAAGCUUUAAAUCUAGCUUGGAAUAAAAAUAUAAAUGAAGGAUUACAAAGGGUAUUAGAGGGUCUUGAGCAUUCUCACUCUACAUUAACUAGUCUUAACCUUCAAAAUUGUAACCUAACUGAGAAACAGUUGGUUUAUUUGGGAGAAUGGAUAAAAACUUGUUCUAGUAUUAAACAAUUGGAUUUGGGCGGUAAUAGAAGUAUGUUCUGCGGCUAUAAAAUGAUAAUCGACAAUUUAAAAUCGUCUUCCGAUUCAAUAACAAGCCUUAACUUUUACGGUUGUAAUUUAACCGAAUUUCAAGCAACAAAUCUAAAAGACCUUUUAGUAUGCUGUUCAAACAUUCAAUCAUUAAAUCUCGCUUGGAAUAGAAAUAUGGGUUACGGAAUUCAAUCGAUAAUAAACAGUUUAAAAAGUUCAUGCAAUACUAUUAAAACUCUUAAUUUUUGCGGAUGUGAUAUAAGAGAAACUCAAUUAAUAUCUUUAGCAGAAUUAUUAUCAAUUUGCCCAAAACUUGAAUUAUUGGAUUUAAGUUAUAACACAAAAAUGAAUUAUGGACUUAAAGAAGUAAUUAACACUUUAAAAACCUCUUCAGAUAAUCUAACCAGUCUAAAAGUAAUUGGUUGCCGUUUGACACACGAUCAAGUAGAUACUUUAAAGGAAUUACUAUUGACUUGUCUAAAUGCAAUUGACCAAACUCGUAAAAUUUCUCUUUAUUAA